CCUCUACUCAGCCUGAAGCCUCUACUCAGCCUGAUGCCUCUACUCAGCCUGAUGCCUCUCUUCAGCCUGAUGCCGGCCAGUUGACUCGAUGCCCGCUGUUGAUCCAGAUGAUCCGGUACCUGAUCCGGUGCCCGCUGUCGAGCCAAAUGACCUGAUGCCUGGUGACCCAGUGCCCGCUGUCAUACCUGGUGACCCGAUGCCCGCUGUCGAGCCAGACAAUCCGGUACCUGAUGACCCGCCCACUGCCUUGCCAGAUGACGCGGUGCCCGCUGUCGAGCCAAAUGACCUGAUGCCUGGUGACCCAAUGCCCGCUGUCCAGUCAGACGAUCCAAUGUCUGACCCAGUGCCCGCGGUCAUACCAGUUGACUCGGAGCCCACUGCCUUGCCAGAUGACGCGGUGCCCGCUGUCGAGCCAAAUGACCUGAUGCCUGGUGACCCGAUGCCCGCUGUCCAGCCAGACGAUCCAAUGUCUGACCCAGUGCCAGCGGUCAUCCCAGUUGACUCGGAGCCCACGGUUGUGCCUGGUGACUCGGUGCCCGCCGCCCCGCCUGGGGGCCUGAGACCUGUCGUUCCG